AUGACAAACUGGAUUCUUGUUUAUGAAUUAUUUCGUUCAAAGAAAGUUUGCAGAGACAUGGAAGCUGACGAUGAGCUGAAAAUGGAUUGUUUGUCAACGAAUGAAGCGUGGGAACUGUUUCAAAAUGUAGUUGGAGAAGCCCCAUUAAAGAAGGAUCCGGAAAUUCUCACACUUGCAGAAAAGAUUUCCAAAAAAUGUCACGGCUUGCCACUUGCACUCAAUGUGAUUGGCAAAGCCAUGUCAUGUAAAGAGGAUGUACAUGAAUGGCGUCAUGCAAAUGAUGUUCUCAAAAGUUCCAGCCGCGAGUUUCCAGGUAUGGAAGAAAAUAUUCUAUCAGUUUUGAAGUUCAGCUAUGAUGGUUUAGAGGAUGAAAAGGUGAAAUCAUGCUUCCUAUACUGUUCGUUGUUCCCGGAAGAUUAUGAAAUAAAGAAGGAGGAGUUGAUCGAAUAUUGGAUCAAUGAAGGAUUUAUAAAUGGAAAGAGAGAUGAAGAUGGAAGUAACAACAAAGGUCAUGUUAUUAUUGGUUCGUUAGUUCGUGCGCAUCUAUUGAUGGAAUCAGAAACUACUGUGAAAAUGCAUGAUGUGUUACGUGAAAUGGCUCUUUGGAUAGGGUCUACGUCUGGAAAAGAGGAAGAAAAACAGUGCGUCAAAUCCGGUGUGAAGCUAAGCUGUAUACCAGAUGACAUCAACUGGUCAGUUUCGAGAAGGAUCUCGUUGAUGAGUAAUCAAAUUGAAAAGAUAUCUUGCUGUCCCAAAUGCCCCAACCUUUCCACUCUAUUUCUCAGGGAUAACGACUUGAAGGGUAUACCGGGUAAAUUCUUUCAGUUUAUGCCAUCCCUUGUCGUCUUGGAUCUUUCGCGUAACCGAAGUCUUAGGGACUUGCCGGAAGAAAUUUGCAGCUUGACUUUCUUGAAAUACCUCAAUUUAUCAAACACACGUAUAAGUUCGUUAUCAGUUGGUUUGAAGGGGUUGAGGAAACUAAUAAGCCUGGACCUGGAGUUCACCAAGCUUACAAGCAUUGAUGGGAUAGGAGCAAUCUUACCAAAUCUUCAGGUGUUGAAACUAUAUCGUUCUCUUCAAUAUAUUGAUGCAAGAUCAAUUGAGGAGCUACAACUUUUAAAGCACUUGAAGAUUUUAACAGGAAAUGUGACAGAUGCUUCAACUUUGGAAAGUAUCCAAGGAGUGGAGGGAUUGGUGCGUUGUGUUCAACGCCUUCGGAUUAUCAAUAUUUCCGCAAAGGAUUUAACAUUAAAAACGGUAGCUCUGGGCGGUCUUCGAGAACUUGAGAUUAUAAAUUCCAAGAUCUCUGAGAUAAAGAUAGAUUGGAAAUGCAAAGGGAAAGAAGAUCUUCCUUCUCCAUGCUUCAAGCACCUCUCUAGCAUUGUUAUACAGGAUUUGGAAGGUCCAAAUGAAUUGAGCUGGUUAUUGUUUGCUCCAAAUCUCAAGCAUCUUGAGGUGAUACGUUCACCAAGCCUAGAAGAAAUAAUAAAUAAGGAGAAGGGAAUGAGUAUUAGCGAUGUGCAUCCUCCUGAUAUGACGGUUCCCUUUCCGAAGCUAGAAUCCCUCACUUUAAGGGGUUUGCCUGAAUUAGAGAGAAUAUGCUCAAGUCCCCAGGCUCUUCCAUCCCUGAAAGAUAUUGCUCACUGCCCAAAGCUGUCACUAGAGAGUUUCCAAGACACGAACAGGUAUGUUGAAAUUGAAGAAUGAGGCUCAGAAGCCCCGUUUCGUAUGUCAUAUGUGUGUAAGUGUAUCCUCUCAGUUUCUGAAACUUGGUUUUCUUUUUAUGUUCUGCUUUCCCUUGAAUGACAUUGUUGCAUUUCCACUUCUCUCCAGUUUGUAACCAUUUGAUACAGUUUCCUUAAAACUUUUAUUUGUGUGUA